GCCAUCGGAGGGGAAGCCGACGCCUGGCCCGUAGCGCAGCAUGAAGUUCCAGUACAAGGAAGACCAUCCUUUCGAAUACAGGAAAAAGGAAGGGGAGAAAAUCAGAAAGAAAUACCCCGACAGAGUGCCUGUAAUUGUGGAAAAAGCACCGAAGGCCAGAGUACCUGACCUUGACAAAAGAAAGUAUCUUGUGCCUUCUGACCUCACAGUUGGCCAAUUCUACUUCUUAAUUCGAAAGAGAAUCCACCUGAGGCCAGAAGAUGCCCUGUUCUUCUUUGUCAAUAAUACCAUCCCUCCUACCAGUGCUACCAUGGGACAGCUGUAUGAGGAUAACCAUGAGGAGGACUAUUUUCUCUACGUGGCCUACAGUGAUGAGAGCGUCUAUGGCAAGUGAACACCAGCCACCAGUAAUGCAGGCGAGAUGGAGAGAUGGAACUAAUUUUGGAGGAUGGGUUUGUGUUGGAGCAGAGGAAGGAGAAUGUUUGAGAAGAGGAGAAGAGAACUGGAAGUGAAUCACCUGCACAAUGCCAUCACCUUCAUGCAUUAAUUAUAAUCAUUAUUUUUAAACUGAGGGGAGGGAGGGUAAAAAGAAAUGGUGUGAAAGGGCAAACUUAUUGGCUAG